UUUGCUGAAGAUUGCAGAAUACAUGAAUAUCCUCCAGAUGGACCAACGUAUAAAGGAACAAUUCCUGAAUAUGUCAUAAAUCUUGACCUGCCACCAAGUGAGAGAUGGGUCCAGGUGGUACGUGACAAAAAAAAUGAGUUAAAGAUUGUAAUGAAGACUAUUAAAGAUAUUGUAUUGACAUUCAUCCCUAAUGAGAAAUUUGUAGCAUCUCUGGAGUCAAAAAUAGAAAGUUAUACCAUGCUAGAAAUCUUGAUUUUGGACUGUUUCUUGGGUGGGAUGUACAAAAUAGUUCCUGGUAUACAACACAGAAGCUGAAGCCAUUAAUGGUAUCAUUGGAUUUUCAGAAAAACAAUAAAACAGUAUUUAAAUCUGCAAAUUUUGCUGGCUAUGUCGGAAUGGUAACUGGAGUUAAACAAGGGAUAUUUACAUUAACCAUGAAUGAGAGAUUCAGUCUUGAUGGAGGUUACAUUGGAGUCUUUGAGUGGCUUAUUGGCAAGAGGGAUGGUUGGUGGAUGAGUUUUCUCACCAGAGCUGUGUUAGAAAACAGCACAAGUUAUGAAGAUGCAAAGGAUAAAUUGGCCAACACAAAGCUGCUGGCUCCAGCUUACUUCAUACUAGGAGGAAAAAAAUUGGACGAGGGUUGCAUUAUUACACGUUCUCGAACUGCUGCUUUAAACAUUAAAAAUUUGGACGCAAAGAACGGCAACUGGUUUGUUGUAGAAACCAAUUAUGAUCCCUGGAAGCCACCACUUAUUAUAGAUGACCGGAGACACCCUGCAAUGAAUUGCUUGAAUAAAACGGGUCAAGAGAAAAUCGCAUUACCAGGUUUAUAUAAUGUUCUCUCCACAAAGCCUAUACUCAAUAAGUUGACAGUCUCAACCACACUUUUAGAAGUUUCUGAAGGCCAAAUAGAGACUUAUCUGAGAGAUUGUCCAGACCCCUGCAGUCCCUGGUGAGGGCCACUCAGCCUGCAGAAUACAACUCAUGGAAGAGGAUCCCUUGCUGGGUGAACAAUGGCAGAUGUUUUCCAUUGCCAAGUACCUCUUCGUCUUCAGUGUGUCUUCAGAGAAACCUGGAUUUAAGUGCUUGCAAUUCAGCCAGCAAAAUUAACCCAAUCUGCUUUCCAAAUGUAUACUUUUCAUUAUAUGAACCUUAAACAGGGUUUGGGGCUUCUGCUUCUUCCUCCUUAAACAUCAGUUGAUCCUUGGUUAGGCACAGUGUUGCUAGAGAAUUUCUUAGGGCAGGUAUCUUAUUGCAGUUUGCCCUACGUAUCUUCAUUCAGGAGUUAAGUGCCAUUGUAUUUGGUAUGCAAGGUGUGUUUUAGACAGGUGUGUGUGGGAUACAGUUUUAGGAAAUUAUGACAGUUUGAACUGGUAUUGUUCAAUCCUUUGAAAGAACUCAGUGCUUGCCUUCUUCGGCUGCCACCUACUUUGGUACAUCAAUGUGUAUUCCCAGCCUGAAAUAAUAUUCUGGAGUUCUUACCGCCCUGUGCACCUGCAGACUUCCGCCUACUUCCAGGAGGAGAGAGCCAUGAGAAAAUCCAGCCCUGCCUCAGAGAAACAGCGUGGCACUCCUCUGCAGUUAGCAAACAUGCCUGGAGCUUUCCAAGGUGUUGCCUCUGACAUUCUUCAGACGUUCCCAAUUAGUCUGCAUCUAUAAUUGUUUUUCAUCUGCAGCCAGAAAUUUUAAACUAGUUGCAUAUCUUUAAGUAGUAAUUAUGAGUGAAGCCAUAUUGCUGUUUCCAUAAACAUUAAUUGGCUAAGAUGGCAGAUGAAUAGGAGUUUUUGGGCAGUCUGGUGAGGCCAACCACGCCCCUUGCUCUCUCUCACUGCAGUGUGACUUCCAGUUGGAUAAGUAGAGUAGAAAGAGUGUCAGUUUGAGGCAUAUCAGUAAGUACAGCAUGGUGGGUUCCAGUGCACUGACUCAGACUUGGUAUAUUUUUAGUGAUACUACUUGUUAAAAUAUAGACCCACUACCCCAGGAUCACAACAAACUGAAUGUUUCAGUUCUGUUAAUUGAAAUAAAAAAUGUAACAUUAAUAUGUACUUGAAAAUUUUGCAAUUAAAAAAAUAAAUUACA